UAACAUUCAUUGUAUCCCCUCCAUAGGAAUUUCCCAAUGAAACCUUCGCUGUAUUUGAGUGGUUGCCUGUUUCCCGCGGUCUGCGUGUAGAAGUGGCCGCCAUUGUCUUCAUAAAAACGAAAGAAGGAACCGAAAUCCCAGAGGAGACGGGCCAAUCGGCUUCAGCAGAUCUUCCCCCAUUUCCAGGAGAUGAAGGGACGGCGCCAACAAACAUGAACUGCGGCUUACAGAUCGACGAGUCGGGGAGGUAUUGGCUUUCCUGUGAUUGGCUUCCUGGAGAGAAGGCUCCAUUGGAUACCCAGUAUUACCUUUACUUCAGACAUAUAAAUGGGACUCAGGAGUGUCUCUCCUAUGUGACCGAGCCGGGUGGGGGAAGGGCGAUCGGCUGCCAAACGCUCUUCAGCGACUCCUCGUUAAACGCCAUUCACUUUUUGGUUCACAUCAACGGGUCCAGUCACAGCCGGCAGAUCCGCGCCACGGAACAUGUAUAUAAGAUACAUGACGCAGAAACGAUUCCUCCAGCCUGGAAUCUGAGUAUAAAGGAGAACAGGAGUCUGAUCUGGAUGAAGCCCGUCGGGUCGUUACGCGACGAUUGUUUUAACUAUCAGAUCAACAUCUGGUCACAGAAUAAAAGUGAAACGAUCACGAUCAGCAAAGAUCGACACUAUUGGAGGGAAGAUCUGUGGAAGUCGGCCAGCAAGCAUCACGUGCGGGUCAGGGCGGUGGGCAAGGCGCCCUGCUGGCCGACGGAGAAGUACAGUUCCUGGAGCUCCUGGUUAGAGGUCAUAAAUAACGAGGAGAACAAUGGAGAUCUGCUGUGGAUCAUAAUGACGGUUUGUGUUUUUGUGGUGUGCCUGGCGCUCUGUCUGCUCUGCGUACGAUUGUGGAGGAAGAUAUUUCCCCAGAUCCCCAAACCAAAAGAGGAUUUGAAGGACGCGUUUCGGGGCGCACAACAUCAGGCUCUGAUUCGCUGCAAUUCUUGGGACACGGAGGAAGUGAUCAGCUGCAUCGAGGUGAUGGGGGGCGGGGACAAGCAAUCCGGGGUCCCCGGGGACAACGCCCACAUCACAGAUUAAGGGGGUCCUCCGGAAUUCCUCCAUCGGUGUCCUGCAUCCGGAGAUUUUGGUUUCCUCCUGCAGCAAUGGGCGGAGUCUUCACACUUCACAGAAGGAAACGCAGAGGACGGCAUUGGAUCCUCAGAACCGGGAGCCCCGCCUCCUUCCAUGGAAGCUCCACCCCUUCACCAUAUCCCGCCAUCUGUCAUGGGGGAGGGGAGGACUGUGUUCAUCAUAAGAAGAAGACUUGUAUACAUUGUAUCUAAGAGCUCAGAGGGGGAGGGGUUGGGUCACGUGACCCCCCCCCUCGUAGGUGGACAUUUCAUUGGAUACAUUGUAUUUAUUGCCUCUCACAGAGAUCGUCUCUCCCCCGCCCCCUGCUCUUCUCUCCAGAGGGACGGCGCCAUCUUUGUUCCCGGCAUCACCAGGGUCAUCAUGCUCCUCCCACCCAGUCAUGUGACUCCUGGUGCAUGCGCCGCUCAGCCCCUGCUGUCAGGUUGUUCCUCCAUCAGAUCUAAUAUAGACCAAACUUUACCUUGUGAUGAUGGAGGGGGAGAGACGUCACCUGACGAAACGCGUUGAAUGUUUUUUAUAUGACUUUUUUUUAACCAGAAAUAAAAAUGAUCUCAGACUU